AUGUCGGACAACGGGGUUCCAUCACAGUCUGCUGCGCGGCUAAAAGAACGGCUGCAGAGCGCGAACCGAUAUAAUUUCGACGCUACGGCCCGAGAACGUCGCAUGGCCCCGUUAAAAGAAUUGAGAAGGCGUGUUGUCGAGUCAAAAAAAGCGGCUUUCUUUCAAAGGCUGCAGGGUAUCUUUGCCGAGGAACCAAAGGAGUCCACAACGGAUAACACUCCAAUCGAAACAGAUGCAUCCGAACCUGCACAGGAGUUGAAACGUACUGAAAGUUUAAUGCCAUCUGAACGAGGUGACUCCGAAGAAUUUGCUAUGCGUCUCUUCCAAGGGAUAUCUCGUCGGAAGCGUCACUUGUUCAGGGACGUAAUGUGCAUACUCACGUCGCAUGAAUUUCUUGUCGCGACAGAAACAUCAAUCAGGGAGGAAGCUAUUGCACUGAAAAACAGCCUCAUAUUUGUGCGACCUGAGGGUCAUCGUGUGCUCAUUUUCGUUAACAACUUUUGGGCCAUUGAAUAUUGUAAGAACGGAUGUCAGCGCAACUCAUUUAAAGUAUCGUUCACGAAGGGACCCACUCUACUCGAUUGUAUAGUGAACGAUGAAGGUAGCGAUUCCAAUGUACAGAACUUGAAAUAUUCGGUUUUGGACGUGUUGCUUUACAACGGAUGCCUCAUGGCAAAUUCGGAUACUGAGUGCCGUACGUUUUUCAUAAAAAGCAGGUAA